AUGGCCAAAGAUCUUCUUGCGCCCCAUCUCAAGAGCAUUCGUGUUCCAUCAAGUUCCGAUCGUGUCUACAAGGAUGAGUGUAUCUUUUCCUAUGACACGCCGGAUUCGCCAGACGGCAUCUACGUGUGUAUGAAAACGUUCUACGGUUUCGGUCGUCCGUUUGUCGGGUAUUUUCACCAGAAAACAAACAACUCUGUUUUCUUGAAUCUGCGUCGCAUUGCUCAUCCAGUUAUCCAAGUGCCUGACUCUGAUGAAGAUGCUAGUAAGCCAAAGGUGACUCGACUUGCUUUGAACGUUGAGGGUGGCUUUCAGACAAACAAGCCGCAAUUUACCUAUGAAGACGUUAACACCAUCGUGGUGAUGCCCGGAUUUGUGGAGAUUUCACUCGACCAGAUGAAUCAAAUGGACUUGCCUGAAGUAGUUGUCAUGUCACUCACUGGCAUACUUAGCGCCGAUUCGGCUUCGCGUCAGGCGGAGCUCGAGGCAAUGAAAAACACCUGGGAAGGCGAAAAACGACUUGUUAGCAAGCAUGCCGAAAAUCUCGUGCAAAUCGACAACGGAGUAAAAGUGUCUACUGAUCCGAGUAGCUGGAAGUGCCAAAAGUGCGACAUUCGCGAAGGUCUCUGGCUCAAUUUGUCUGAUGGCUCAAUUCACUGUGGCCGCAAGUACUUUGAUGGCACUGGUGGAAACAAUCACGCUGAAGAGCACUACAAAGAAACCCAGUACCCGUUGGUUGUGAAACUCGGGACAAUUAAUAGCCAAGGCGCCGAUGUGUACAGCUACGCCGAGGACAACAUGGUGGACGAUCCCAAACUUGUCCAGCAUCUCGCUCAUUUUGGCAUUCAUGUCGCCAUGAUGCUGAAGACAGAAAAGUCCAUGCUCGAGAUGGAAAUUGAUCUCAAUCAACGCUACGACGAGUGGCGCAUCAUUCAAGAGGAUGGAUGUAAUCUCAAGAACAUUUACGGUCCAGGAUUCACGGGCAUGGCCAAUCUGGGAAACAGCUGCUAUUUGAACUCUAUAAUGCAGGUGAUAUUUUCAAUUCCUGACUUUAUUCUCGACUUCUAUCGCCAGUCAAAGUAUCAGCUGUUUUUUGAGGCGAAUCAUCUCGAUCCGAUGAACGAUUUGAAAACUCAGCUUAUGAAACUUUCAAGUGGACUGCUUUCGGGAGAGUAUUCGAAGCAGUCGCGCAUUAGCCCUUCGGAGCAGCAGGGCAUCAAGCCAACGAUGUUUAAAAACCUCAUUGGUCGUAAUCAUGCCGAGUUUAGCUCUAAACGCCAGCAAGAUGCUCAGGAAUUUUUGCUUCACAUCAUUGACGCCAUUGAGCGAAUGCCCCGACUUGUGAACACCACCAAUCUGCCCACUGAUUGCUUCAAGUUUGAAGUCGAGGAGCGGAUGCAAUGCGAAGCCAGCAAAAUGGUCAAGUACAAGUAUCGUAGCGAUUUUCUUCUUUCUUUACCCAUUCAAGAAGUUCCCAUUCAAAACAAGGAACAAUAUGAAGAGUUUUUGCAAACUAAAGCUGCUGUUGAGGCAGCUGGCGGAAAAAUCGAUAACGAUCAGGUAGUUCGUCCAAUCGUUAAGAUGACUGACUGUUUAAGUGCCUUCGCUGCGGAAGUUCCAAUUUCGGAUUUUUACAGUUCAGCCAUCAAAGGCAAAACUGUUGCUAAUCAACGCGUCCGUAUGAAGACUUUCCCAGAGUACUUGAUUGUUCACAUGAAAAAGUUUGCUUACGAUGAAACCUUCACGCCGAAGAAGCUGGACGUUUUUCUCGAAGUGCCUGAUGUGCUUGACUUGGAAUAUCUGCGUGCCACUGGUCUGAUGCCCGCUGAGCAGCUCCUUCCCGAUGAGGACGCUGACAGCAAACGGCCUGCUGCUAGUCAGUCUUUUGAGUGCAAUGCCGAGUUCUUGGCUCAGCUGAAAGACAUGGGCUUUGAUGAGAAUGGAGUUCGCCGUGCACUGUACCACACCAAAAACGCCGGUGUUGAGCAGGCCAUGAAUUGGGUCUUUGAACACAUGAACGAUGCUGACUUUGCAGCUCCCUUCGAGGUUCCUCAACAGGGCGAGGCAACUGCAGUGGAGAUUGAUCAGGAGGCGCUUGCCUCCUUGCUGAGCAUGGGAAUGGAGGAGCGUCACGCCCGUUUAGGCUUAAAGUUGAAUAACAACAAUACCGAGCAAGCUCUUAGCUGGAUCUUCAACAACGCGGGAAACUUGGACACUAUUGAGCGUCAGGAGGAAGAGCGUGCCCGAGCUGCUGCUUCAGUGCUGAUGACGUACCGAGAUGGCCCACCGAAAUAUGAACUCUUUGCAAUGGUGUCCCACAUGGGACAGUCGACGCUUUGCGGUCACUAUGUGGCCCACAUUCGCAAGACCAUCACUGAUGAUGCAGUUGUUUUCAACCCCAAAACUAAUAAGGACACUGUGCCGCCUUCGGAUGGAAGCAAAUCACCGGUUUCCGCCCCACCUAGUCCACUUCAAAUGGCCGGCCAAACUGAAUGGAUCAUCUUUAAUGAUAACAAAGUGAAUAUCAGCGAGAAGCCACCGAUUCCAUUUGCCUACCUCUACAUUUACAAGCGUAUCACCUCUUAA